AACUCUUAUAUUUGCAAACAUAAAGUAAUUUGUGAAUAUAAUUUAUAUGUACUCGUUCUUAACGAUAUAAAAGCAAAUGUUUAAUAUAAACUUUGAUGAAAAAAAAACCUCAAAAUCAGUUUUAAAUUUAAGAUUACAAAUUUAAAUUUUGGUUGCUAAGCAUAAGCGAAAAGAUAUGACCAAUAGUUUAUUCUUAGGCUAGUUCUUUUUCUCAACUCUAAACUUUAACUUUAUCGUUUUUCGUUAGCACAUGCUUUUCAUAUAAAAAGUUUUUAUGUAGAAGUUGUUUAAAAAACCAAGUAAAAUUAUUUAUUAAUUUUGAUAGUUAGUUACCUCCAUAUAUAUAUGUAUGUUAAACUAGCCAAUGUCAUAUAAAAAACCUAGAGGGAGUUAAUCAUAUGCUAGUAUAUGUAUUCUCGUUUCGCGUUCUAUGAAAAUAUCCGUCCAACUGAAAAACCAACGGGGCCUUAGUUUCUCACAUGCUUCCGUACGCCUCAACCAAUUCUGAUUCUGAAACCUUAUAGCGAGAUGCAUCUGGACAUACAGAACGUACAAAGGUUCAUUGCACCUGGACGUACAAGGUUCAUUGCACCUGGACGUUGUAAAAACCAACGAACCUAGCCGCGCAAACGCCCCGGCGUCCACACACCGAAACAUAUAUAAAACCGCCUCGUAUCGUACAAGACGCCAAUCCACCCGAACCUGCAACGGAAAAGGAAACGGCUUUGCCGGCACACGGCAACAAAUCUUGUUCGCGCCGCCGCGUGCAGUGCUCGUUUCGAUCGAGGCAACCCGGCGAUCGCGCGCCGCCCGAUUGGCGUGUUGGAUGGGAGCGACGCGGCCGUCGCCGAUGGCGUACAAGAAGGCGACGGCGGUGCUGGACGAGGCGGCCAGGGCACGGCUGCGUGGCCCGUUCGCCAGCGGUGCCGCGUCCCUCCGGCGUGAUCAAGACGACGACGACGACGACCUCCUGGUGGAUCUGGUGCACGAGUUCUACGACGACGGCGAGCGCGGCGCGGACGCCACGGCGAGGGGCGGCGUGUCGUCGUCGCCGGAGCCGGAGCCUACCGAGUGGAAGGACGCGCUGCGCGAGGCGCUAGCGGACGCGACGUCCGACGCGGCGGCCGCCCGCAUCCGCGCCGAGGCCGAGCGCGCCGUCCGGGAUGCCGUUCGCAACGGCGGCGACGUGAUCCGGAAGCGAGUCGUCGAGCGGCUCCGCGCCCGAGGGUUCGACGCCGGCGUGUGCAGGUCGUCGUGGGAAAGAACCGGCAGCGUGCCGGCGGGCAGCCACGAGUACGUGGACGUGACGGCGGCGGCGUCGGCGACGGGGCGUCGCGCUCGCUACAUCGUCGAGGUCAACGUCGCCGGCGAGUUCGAGAUCGCGAGGCCGAGCGCCGAGUACCAGGACCUCCUCCUCUCGCUCCCGCCGGUGCUCGUCGCGACUCCCGAGGCCUUCAGGGGGGUCGCCGCGGCAAUGUGCGCCGCGGCGGCGGAGUCCAUCCGCGGCGCGGGCAUGCACCUGCCGCCGUGGAGGCGGGCGCGGUACGUGCAGGCCAAGUGGUCCGCACCGUACGAGCGAGUGGCGGCGGCGGCACCGCCGGAGGGAGCUAGGACGGCGCCGUCCGGCGGCCGGAAGCGUUGCGGAAUGGAGAUUGGGCGCAGGGAGAUGGCCAUCGGAAAGGAGAGAUUGGUACCAUUUUUCAGAGGGUUAUGAGUUGUGAGUUGUGAUGCAGAGUGGUUGCAUCACAAUCAUCACUGUGAACCGUCACUCUUCUUUGCUUUCUGUAGUGAGUUUUUUUUUUAGUGUCUGUACAAUUUGUAUAUUUUGGAUGGCUUAUUUGGCGGAUAAAACAAGAGUGGGUUAUCUGAAAAUUGUAAAUUCAGAUACCUAUGCCUACCGGAUUGAGAUCAAAUACAGUUGGUACUAAAAAGGACUGUAAGUAAUCAACCGUUCAUAUUUUGAUUUAACGAUUCACAUUCAUUGCUACAAAAUGUAU